GGGGCCGGGCGCGGCGGGUCUUCUGCGGGGUUCUUCCACGGCCCGGCAGAGCCGGCCCAGGCAGGCGUCCGCGCCCGGAGUCGCGCGAGGCGGCUCCGGUGACGCGGUCCUCGCGGCUCCUCUCCGGGACCGGCCGCGGGGACGCGUCUGCGAAGGCGGAGAGCGCGCCCGGCGGCGAGGCCGCACCGUUGUCCGCGCGGACGACCGGAGAGCCGGACCCGCAACCGACUCCCGCUGGCACAGCACGCACAACGCGGAGUUUGGUGGUGUUGCUUUGCUUUCCGUAAACGAGUGCCCCCUUUACCUGCACAGAUUCGUUUACUCAGCAAAACGUGUCUGAAACGUCUGCUGCGAGCCGGGACCGAGCCGGGAACGAGCCAGACUUGUACAGUGUAUUUUCUGCAAAGAAGAACGACCUGCCUUCAGCCACACCGUGAGCACUGAAGUCAGGAGAGUAACAGGGAUGCCUCACUGUCUGAUCCGCAGCCCUGUCAGCUAAUUCCGUCUGCCAGCAUGGAAGAAGAUACCAGCCUGUCCCCCGAGGAUGAGCUUUUGGACAACGCCCUCCUUUUGGAAGAUGAAAGAGAUGAAUUGGAGGAUCCAGAGUUCGAUGUUGAAUCUCCCCCUCAGGAGGCUGAGAAGGGUGCCUGCCCCGUGCCCUGCUGUCCAGUGAAACAACCAAAUACUGAUGCUGAUAGAACGAAGAAGAAAGCAGCUGUCGAAGACAGAGUUCGGACCUUUCACCUGCGAAAGAACCUGAGCUACCUCGAUGAGAUGCAGGAAGAGAAAGAUCUUUUCAUUCAGAAAACGAGAGAGGAGCUGCGUGCUUGUCGCCAGAGGAUGGAGCUCAUCCGCACACAGCAGGCGAGCAUGGCAGCCGCGAUCGCCUCUGAGAGAGAGGCCGGCAACGCGGCAGCCGUGGGCCGUCUGCAGGCGGCGGCCAGACGCCUGUGCACAGAGCUGGAGAACGAGGGGGACCUGCAGGCGAAGAUCACGGCCCUGCUGGCGGAGAGCGAGAACACCAUGUGGCACGUCGAGCUGCAGCAGGGGCAGCUGGAGGACUUCCGGAAGUCUAACCGAGAGGAGGCAGAGGCCGCCGAGAGGUACCUCCAGGUGCAUGCCACGCGGCAGCUCCGUAGGGAGAAGGCGGCCGUGGAGAAGGCUGAGAGGAACCAGCGGCUGAGAGUGCGGAAGUCCCUGCUCAUGCAGCAGAGACACGGGCUUGCACAGCGGAAGCUGGCGGAAGACGCCCAGAAGAAUCACAGGACCGCGGUGAAGUUCCUCAAGGCCUCCCUGGGAAGGAUCCGCGAGCGAGAGGAGGAGGAGGAGGCCGUGGCCCGCUGGCACCUGAGGAGGCGCAUGGAUGCCGUGCUCGCACUGAAGAGCAGCAUCGCGGCGAACCGGGAAACGCUGCGGAAGUUCCAGGCGUGGAGCCGGGCCAAGGGGCAGCUGGCCGAGCGGAGGGCCCAGGCCGAGAAGGAGGCGAUUCUGGCCCAGGGUGGAGACACCUUCAAACACCUUUUGCAUCAGCGCCGACACCAGGAGCUGGAGGCCCAGACGCGGGCCUUCGAGGAGGAGCAGAGGCUCAGAAAGCAGGAGAUUGUCGGCCGGAUUUUGAAAGAGGAGGCCAAGGAGGGAAACAGGAAGGAGCAGCUGCUCCCCAGCACUGCCACGGGCCGGUGGACCCUGAGAGACGAGACCUGGAGCUACGUGUCCGACUUUCGCGAAGGGAAGACCACAGCCCCGGCCAUGUCUUACCUGCCAGAGGACGGCGUUGAGCCCCCCGAGCCCUCUGGGCUGCUGAGAGCCGUCUCCAUCGAGUCCGUUCACGGGGACCUCGGGGUCAACUUGGAGGAGGAAACUUUAGCAGAACCGGAAAUCUCUGGGCUCUGGAACGAAGACCACAAGCCGUACCAGGUCCCUAAGGAGGACAUGGACAGAAAGCCCGUGGGCGGGACAAAGAUGGACAAGGACAUCCUGGCCCGCACCAUGGAGCGGCUGCGGACUGGCCUGGUCCACAGGCAGGUGGCCUCGGGGCACGAGUUCAAAGGCCGCCCCUUCAACAGCAAGCCGGAGAUGGUCCACUUCAAGGACUUCGACGUCGGCAAAGUGUACAAGAAGAAGAUCACGCUGAUAAAUGCCACCUACACCAUUAACUACUGCAAGCUGGUGGGCGUGGAGGAGCACCUGCGGGACUUCAUCCGUGCUGACUUCAACCCCCCUGGCCCCAUGUCAGCCGGGAUGUCCUGCGAAGUGCUCAUCACCUUCAAGCCCAUGAUAAAUAAAGAUCUGGAAGGAAAUGUCUCAUUUUUGGCUCAGACGGGCGGAUUUUCUGUUCCACUGAAAUGUUCAACAAAGAAAUGUUCUCUGUCCCUCGACAAGGAGCUCAUCGACUUCGGCAGCCACGUGGUGGGUGAGACCGCAUCCCGGACCAUCACGCUGACCAACGUCGGGGGCCUGGGCACGGAGUUCAGGUUCCUUCCAGCCCUGGAGACCUGCGAGACAGAUGACUCCCGGUCCCUCCUGAGAAUGAGUAGUCUCUUAACGUACGAAGACAAAAGUUUAUACGAAAAAACCCCGACUAGUUUUUCUGAGCACCAGCUCGAGGGCUAUGAGUCUUCCUACGUGGACAUGCACAGCAGGAAGGAGUUGGAGAAGCUGGACAGCAGGGACCCGGAGGAGGCGCAGCCUGCAGAACCAGAGAGAUUAACCGCCGUGAUGCCGUCUGUGGAGGAGCCGGUGGAGAUCACACUGGGGGGGGUAACAGAGGGGGCACUGGGCCCCUUCAGCUCCGUCAAAGUGCCCAUCAUCUUCGCCCCGACUAUCCCAGGAGAGGUCCAGACCAGGUUCAAGGUCACGUUUAAGACUCCGCAGUGCCCAACGCUGUAUUUCAGAGCCACGGGCGUGGCCGUCGACGUGUCGGUCUGGGUGCCGAAGCCCAGCGUGGACCUGAAGAUCUGCAUGUACGACCGCCUCUACCAGGCCUCCGUGCUCGUGCACACGCGAUCGAACGCCGCCCUGCGCCUCAAGUUUGAGGUCUGCAAGGAGCUCAGGGGACACAUGGAGCUGCUGCCCGAGACGGGCUACAUCCAGGCCCACUCCUCCUACUCCGUGCAGCUCAAGUUCCUGCCCCGACACUCCCUCCCGGAAGACGCGGGGAAGUACUUUGACAAGGACAGCCGGGUUCUGGAGGCCCCGAUGACAAUCUGGGUGGCUGACCAGACCAAGCCGGUGGGGUUCACCGUCCACGCCGUGGUCACCGCCUCGGACCUGGAGCUCAGCCCCGCGGAGCUGGACUUCGGCUGCUGCACCGUCUGCGAGGCUGUCAGGGCGGAGGUCAGCCUGCGCAGCCUCUCCCUGCUGCCCCAGGACUUUGGCUUCGGCAGGCUUCCCAAGUGUGUGGACAUCCAGCCCGGCGACGGGUUUGGCACGAUCCUGCCACUUGAAACUCUGCAGUUUGACGUGAUCUUCCAGCCCACCAAGGCCAAGGAGUACAGCUUCGAGCUGGUCUGCAAAUCCGAGAUCAACCGGUGCUUCAAGCUGUCCUGCCGGGCCGUGGGUGUCCACCCGCCCCUGGAGCUCUCCCACCACCAGAUCAAGUUUGCGGCCACUGCCUUGUACGACACCUCUGUGGCCACAGUGUACGUCAUCAACUCCCACCUGAGCAUGAACUCUCUGGCCCACUCCGUGCCCCGCAUCGGCUCCGAGGACGCCUCCCCAGUGGGGCCAACGUCUUUCGAGUUCCUGCUGCCCCCGGACUCACCGAUCACCAUCGCACCCUCAGUGGGGACCGUGUUGCCAGGAAAGAGGUGCCUGGUCCAGGUGGCUUUCCGGCCCGUGCUGCCCGAGGAGCUGAUCCAGCAGGAGGCCCUUCAGACCCUGAACAAAGAGUUGGAGACCAAACCUGUCUCCACCCACCCCAGGCUGGAGCUGCAGGAGCAACAGCUGAAGGCCAGCUCCGACAGGUACCAGGCUGCCCAGGCCUCCCUGGCUAGAGCUUUCCAGGGGAAGUUUGACAAGUUUGUGGUCCCCUGUGUCAUUGCCAGUGGUGACACCAAAGACAGGAAGGGAACAGAACCCCUGAGCUUCAGCCCCCACAACACCCUGUACCUGGAGCUGUGGUGUCCAACAGUGGCACCAUCUGUCGUGGUGACAUCCGGAAAAGGCAAGACCGUCUUUGACUUUGGCGAUGUGGCCAUAGGACACAGCGGCAUGAAGAAGGUCUCCAUCCAGAAUGUCUCCCCGGAGGACCUUGCUGUGAAGUUCUCUGUGCUGGACCCCAAUGGCCCCUUUGUCCUGCUGAACCCCUGCAGCAGGCUGCACACGGGCGAGACAAAGGUCCUGGUGCUGUCCUUCUCUCCCCAUGAGAGCGUCCCGGCUCAGGAAAUGCUGGACGUCGUCACCAAGAGAGGCACACUCUCCCUCACCCUCAUGGGCACCGGCGUGGCGUCCAUGACCACGUGCUCCAUCGAAGGCGACAUCCUCAACAUGGGCUACGUGAUUGCCAGGGAGUCUGUCUCCUCGGGCUUCAAGCUGCAGAACAACUCCUCGCUGCCCGUCGAGUUCCGCGUGCAGCUCGAGAGCCUGCGCAGCCGCAGCGCCGAGGCCCAGCAGCAGCUGCCGCAGUUCCUGGCCUCCCCCGCCCAGAGGACCCAGGUGGUCGGCACUCAGAACUUCAGUGGCCAGAGCGUGUUCAGCGUGGCACCCGUCCAGGGCAUCAUGGAGCCAGGGAAGACACAGGACUUCACUGUGACCUUCAGCCCGGACCACGAGAGCCUCUACUUCUCCGACCGGCUCCGUGUGGUGCUCUUCAAAAAGACAGUCUCCCACCAGAUCCUCCUGAAGGGGGCUGCCCGCGAGCACAUGAUGUUUGUGGAGGGCGGAGACCCCCUGGAUGUGCCUGUGGAGUCCCUGACAGUAGUCCCGGCGUUGGACCCCGAGCACAGAGAGGACGUGGAGGAGCUGAGGCCCAUCCUUGUGACCCUGGACUACAUCCAGUUUGACACAGACACGCCAGCCCCGCCUGCCACGCGGGAGCUACAGGUGGGCUGUAUCCGGACCACCCAGCUGUCUCCAAAGAAGACGGUCGAGUUCAGCCUGGACAGCAUCUCGUCCCUGCAGCACAAGGGCUUCUCCAUAGAACCCUCCAGGGGCUCCGUGGAGCGCGGCCAAACCAAAACCAUCAGCAUCUCCUGGGUGCCGCCAGCCGACUUCGAUCCAGACCACCCACUCAUGGUGUCAGCCCUGCUGCAGCUCAGAGGGGACGUCAAGGAGACCUAUAAGGUCAUCUUUGUAGCCCAGGUGGUGACCGGCCACUGAGGCCACAGGAGCCUCUCGACAGAGCACCCUCGGCCCCUCCUGCCACCCUCAAAGCCCUCCCCAGGCUGUGGCCAGGCCAAACCACCAGGGCCCUGGGACCUGGGCAUCCCCUGCCCGGCAGGUCCUAAUGGGCAGCUUUCUGCAUGGCCCAUGGCCAGCUCCUGCUGCCCUGGACCCAGAGGGCCCAGGGUCCAAGAGCACCCCUCCCUGGACCUCACACUCAGCUGGCACAAGGUCAGGCCAGUCCCCAGCCUGCCCACCCCCCAGCCCCCAGCCCCACCCGCACCUGCGCAGCCUCUGGAGGCCCCAGGAAGAGCCACCCCCACAAGCCUGUCAAUAAACUCUGUGAGCAACA